GAAGCGCCUUAUGACUGUGCGUCAUUUUCGUUAACCCACAACAAGACAACAGUUUAUACUAGGCUAUAGCUAGUAGCUGCACGAUUACGAGGAUGGCAACAACAGACCAGCAGACACAGCCCAGUCGCAGAAAUCAGGUGAUGGUAGGAGAGCUACCUGAGGAUUUUCUAUGCAUGCCUUCAAGUACAGUGCAACAACAGAUGAUAGCUGACGGCCGGGUGGCUCAGGUGCUGCAGGCCCAACAAGCAAGGGGCUUCUCAGCUAUUCCAACUAAUGUCUUAGGAAAACUCAACAUCAGCAUCAUACAGGCAAAACUAACCAAAAACUAUGGUCUCACAAAGAUGGAUCCAUAUGUGAGGAUAAGACUUGGGCACUCAGUUUUCGAGACACCAACAGCAUAUAAUGGAGCCAAGACCCCACACUGGAACAAAGAGGUCACUGUGUACCUUCCACAUGGUGUAGACAGUAUAUAUGUAGAAAUAUUUGAUGAGAGACAAUUCACCAUGGAUGAUAGAAUAGCAUGGGCAUACAUAACAAUACCCCAGGGAGUGCUGGGUGGAGAUACAGCGGACAACUGGUUCCCCCUCAGUGGGAAACAAGGCGACGAGAAAGAGGGCAUGAUCAACUUAGUGAUGACCUUUACACCUGUGGAAAAUCUGCCUGCAUCAGCACCCACAUCAUUUGCAUAUCAACAGCCUAUGGUUGUUCCGAACAUGUACUACACAGCACCAGUGGUUUACCCAGCCCCAGGCCAACAACUCCAACAGCCCCGCCCCCAGUCAGCUGGUCAGCCCCAGACUCUUCCGCCUCAAGGCCCCCUCUACACCGAGGAUGACCUCAAACAGGUCAAGGAUAUGUUUCCUAAUAUGGAUGAGGAGGCUAUUAAAUCCGUUCUGGAGGCAAACCGUGGCAAUAAAGACACCACGAUAAAUGCGUUACUGCAGAUGAGUGCAGAAUAAUCAAAUUGUGGAUCUGGACGUUAUUGUUAUGAAUAUUUUCUUUUGCAUACAUAUAUUGUGUAUGUAUUCUUUGUAAGACAUUUUUUAUGAAAUAUUUAAUUGAUGCUGUUACCUGCUUGGAUUAACCAAAAUGAGUUUAUAUUGACCUGGAGAUCCUAUUAUCAUUAUUUAAAUGUAUAUUAGUGUGCAAUAUAUGUUAUCAAAGCGUAGAUUAAUAACAAAUGAAGUAAUACUUCAUAAUAUAUAGAGUAACUAUAGCAACUGUAGGUACCUAAAUGGAGUAAUUUGCAAAGUCCAAAUUUUGUGCACAAUUAAACUAAUGCUCACAUAUUUAAUAUAUUGCAAAGUUUAUUUUGUCUAAUUACCUUAAAUGUAUUUGUUAAUGACAUAGAUAUGCAUUAUCCUUUUAACAUGUUUAACAGGAAUAUGAAUAGCAAAUACGAAUUUAUGACUGAAAGUUACUUUACCAAAACUUCCUUUAUGUAACCCCUUUCACGAAAUCAAGAAAUCCAGCCAAAAUAUUAUACCUCUUAUUGGGAAAGUUGUUUGUUUCUAUCAUAAGUGAUAUGAAUUAUCUGUUCCAUAAUUGGUUGCAUUUGAACGAAUAAUUGUUUGAAUUCAACUUUUGAUCAGUAAGGCAAUGUGACCCCAUGAAUGACUGUAAAACGGAACAGGAAGUCACUUUAUUUUGAGGGCUGCUAAUGAUACAUAUUAAGGAUAGGUUUUAAUUUUACACUAGUAGUGUAUCGGUAUAAUGUCAUGUCCGUAUUUAUAUGUUAAUUAAGCAUUAUCAUUUAAGCAUGUGUUUUCAUUCUCUGUAAGUCCAUGUAACCCUAUAUAAUGGCGGCUUAUUUAUCACAGAAUACAGUUAACACCUCUGUGUCAUCUGUCAGUGUCGGUUGUGAGAGGAAAAUAUGACAAACAAAAGACUGAUUUUUUGUGAAAUUAAACAAUGGUGUAUGUAGACUGUUUUAAGGAUACAAUCUUGCAAUAUUACACUUUCAACUCCUUUUCUAAACAUGGCUAGGUCAAUGAAAUACUUUUUUAACAGCUGUUUGUUUUAUUAUUUUGAAACAUAUUUUAAGGUUUGUAUAGAUACAUGUAUAUUGUAGAUAUGUUCAUAUGGGACAACAAAUGCUGAUAUCCUUACAUAUUGUUAUAACUUUGACAUUGUGUACUGUCCCCUCCACCAGACAGUGACCAGUAACAUAUAUUUACUAGUAUACGUACCAUCAGCUGUUAAUCACGUACGAAAUUACUUAAGAGUCUGCAAGUAAAUUCCGCUAUGCUGUGUAAAGUACCUGUGGCCACUUGUAUAAAACAUCUUGAAGUUAAGGAAAAUCUCAAGCAAUGUAUUGUCUAUGGGAAAUCUUAGACUUGAGGAAAUCUCAAGAGUUGAGAUGUUUUACACAAGUGGGCCCUGGUCAUUGAUAAACGAGAGAUUAUGGACUUUCUCAGCUCGAAUCAGACCAGUCCCACUGUGUCGUUUCCAGAUGGCUUCCUUUAUCUGCUGCUUGAACAGGCUGCUUUCUCUGUUCACCACUUUGGUGUUGUUAAUUUGCGUCUCUUUAAGGUUCAACAACGUGGUUUUUUUUGUCUACUUUUUCACACCUUGCCAAGGCAUCAAAUCGGACCUGUAGGCCAAUACAAUAUAAGUUACCAAUAUUGUUUCCGUACAUUUCGAUAAUUUACACAAUAGAAUAUGACUUUAAGAGAAAUUCAUGUCAUAUGCAUCACAUGAGAGAAAACUAAAAUUAUAUACAAUAUAUAUAGAGGAAAAUGGUGUUUUAUGCAAAUGUUAUAUUAUAGGAAAUGUGACAUUUAGUAAUGUAACCCUUUGAGGACUCUCCUGUGAUUCUUUUAUAAAUUGUCAAGUGAUGUCUCUUUUAUAUAUAUAUAUAUAUAUGCAAUGUAUACCAUAUAUUCUUCUUUUAUUAGAUUAUUUCUGUAGUUUGGAAUUUAAAGUAAAAACUUGAUUCUAGAUAAAGAAGACAUAAACGAGGUCAUAUCAAACAAACCUUAAGUAUCUUCAGUAGUUAUGAAUGCGUCUAAAGCAACAUUGACUCUUUGCAAGAGUUAUCUCCCUUCUCGUACUAGAAAUGCUAUAGUUUGCUAUUUUGUUAGAGAAGUAAUAAGUAAAAUAAAAAUAUUUAAACUUGUUAAUUUUAUUCUAUCUAUGGCAUACAAAAACCAAGUUGAAAAAAGUUUGUUGUGUGUUCAAUGUAGGGAUCAUUUACAAGAAAUAUUGCCCUAUUAUGCUGCUGAUCUUUGUUUUUCAUCGAUUGGAUGUUUGUUAUAGACAGUAUCUGAAGCGAUGAAGAUAUCUGAACCAUACCUAGAAAGCUAUAUGACAGUCUUUAUGUAGAAAAAAAACAGAAGAAAAACUUAUGAAUGUGUUUAUGUUUCCUUGGGAAGCUGCUGGUAAAGUUGUUGUAUUUUAAAGUUGAACUUGGUAUUUAACUUGGGUGAAUCAAAUGGCAUUGACAGUUAUAACUGAUAACAACACAAGAGUGCUUUUCUGUGUGAGUGAUCUCCCUUCAUUUGUAGUGGGUAGAAAAUCGAAAUAUUUAUCAGCGUACAUAUUAGUAGACUUGACUAUGUAUAUUAGUAUGACUAAAGUUGCCUGUGUAUGCUUAAUCGAAUCAACCUAGUACUAAUUUUUAAUAACUUAAACUAAAUUAGUCUCUUUUUCAUUAAACAUUUUUUGUUCUUAUUUUGUUUAGAGAUAAGGAUGAUUUGUAGCUUCUUGUGAUAUUUUGUCAUUGGUGGAAAAAAGGAAACGUUGAUAACCCAGUUGUCUGUCUGUUAGAUAUGAACAGAUUUAUCCUGAUUGUGAAUACAAUUAUUGAUUUAAAAAAUAUUAAAAAUAUGCCAAUCA